AUGCGGUGGUCAUUAUUCAGCACUUGGAUCCUGGUGCUUCUCUUCGGAGUUGCAUUAUCUGCCCCUGCGAGGGACAUUGCACAACGAAAUGACGAUGCCUUCACGACAGUCGAAAAGAGAGCGGAACCCGAUGCGACAACUACAGGUGCAGAUAAUUCGCCCAGUCAAACGUCUACAGUGACUACAACGAACACGGAUAGUGCAGCGGCAACAGCAGCCACAGCCACAGCUGUCACAACCACAUCGAAUAAUACGACCUCUUCGAAAACCAGCCAUUCUACCUACGUUGCGACAACUAUUCCUUCAUUAGACGGCUCUACAGACUCGAGUAGUGAUAGUGAAGAUGGAACAAAACAGAAGUACACUGGUGGUCUGCCACUCCAACCGCAAAUUACCCCGGCCUGGGGUGUGGGUGGUAUCAUACUGCUACUGCUAGGAGCAGCUCUGGCGUUUAUUGGAAUACGCAAGCAAUGGGUUCAUAUUUUCUUAUCCACGGGCUUCCUUGCGGCGUUGGGUGUUACAGUACUGAUUGUCUACGUGAUGAAUCCGCCUGUCAGCAAUGCGAUCCAAGGUGGAUAUCUGGUUGCGGCCUUCUUCACUGGUGCCAUUUUUGGCGGACUAGCACUGGUGUUCAGAGAAAUUACCGAAGGACUCGGAUGUCUUUUGGGUGGCUUCUGUACCGGAAUGUGGUUCUUGACUGUCAAGUCAGGCGGCCUUCUGACCGGCAGUGCAGCGAAGACCGGAUUCAUUAUUGCAUUCACGGUGGGUUUCUGGUGUCUCUCCUUCAGCCAUUAUACUCGCUCUUACGGGUUGAUUCUCGGCACUUCCAUCUCGGGUGCAACGGCUUUGGUUCUUGGUAUCGACUGCUACAGCCGGGCAGGGUUGAAGGAGUUUUGGCUCUAUAUAUGGGGUCUGAACAAUAGCAUGUUCCCCCUAGGCACGAACACGUACCCGGUGACUCGCAACAUCCGUGUUGAACUCGCUAUCACCGUCAUUAUCACCAUAUUCGGUGUUAUCGCACAAAUGAGGCUUUGGAAAGUGAUCAAAGAACGUCGAGCCAAAGAGGAGGCCUCUCGAAAAGAAGCCGAGAAGAAGAAUGAGGAGGCAGAGGCAGAAGUUGGUCGACAAUUGGAGGAGAAGAAUCUCCGAGAACGCACCGAAUGGGAGAAUAUGUACGGUAACGGUGCCGCCGGCAAAGAAGCUUCUAUGACCGAAACCGCUGUCGCAGACGACUCCCGUCGGGGCUCGGAUGGGUUCGAGUCUACAACUCACGACCCCGAAAAGGAAACAUCGAUCGAGAUGAAAGAUAUGUCAGCCCCUGAAAAUUCAGCCGGCGCAUCUGAAUCCGGAAGAAACCUCGACGCCGUGGAAGAGGUUGAAGCGGAAACUGUUGGAGAACAUCAGGACGGUCACACUAGCCAAGCCGACGAUCAACAGAAGCAUAUCGAAACCGAGGAUGUUGGGCUAUCAACGGCAAGGCCGGUGACGAUGUGGCCUGAGCCAAUUCUACGUGAAGAUACCGGUUCCGAACAUGGUGCUGUGGUCGGUUCGGAACCAGGCUCGCCACGAUCCAAGCGCUUCUCUGGGAAGUCACUGAUGAACAGGCUUUCCUGGCGUAGUGUUAACAGUCCAUUGAGCCCAAAACUCAACGGGAAGUCCGAGUCUGAGGAGGCCUUGGUCGUGCAAGACGAUGCUAGCUCUUCCAUUCUUGGUGUCGUGGAUGAUGCCUGUUCGGUUUGCCCUAGUGUAGUCUCUGACUGCCAUGAUGCGAUGGAUGAGAAAAUACACGAGGAGAUAGUCUCAGACAAGCUACCAGUGAAAAAUGUGCUUGCUGAAGUGACCGAGUCCGGACUCAACUCUCAAGCACCUCGUGGUGCUCCAACUGAGGCUAAUGGGCAAGUGGGCUCUUCUCUUCCCCAUCAUGUAGGAGACAAGGAGAAUAUCAACGAGCCAGCACGAAGCGGAAAUGGUUUCCAGAUACACCGGGAUAACGACACUGAAGAGCAAGUACAUACUGAUGCGACACAUGAUCAAGACGCCAGCCAGCCAAAGCAGGCUGAGUGUAUUGCCUUGCAAGUCCAGCCGAACUCCCAAGAAGCUCCAUAUGUCCAAGAGGUCACCCCAGAGGCCACUCGAGAGAAUGGCCACGAGGAGGAGCAAGUUCAGGAAAGCCAAUUACCUGACGUCAAUCAGGUGGCCAACAAAGUGGACGAGGACAAGGAGGAGAACGCCAAAGAAGAAACUCGAGAGCCCGCGAACCAAGUCGAGCGUGAACCCGAUUCAGUGUCCCAGACAAAGCCCUUGAAGAAAAGUGUCAGCGCUAAGCUUGACGCAUCGACUGUGAAAGAAAUUCCCGAGCAAACAUCCAUGGUGGUCAACUCAUUCCGCACCAAUGAGUGGGCAAAGCAUUUGGCCAACGCUGAAUUUCCCGAGCUUGAACCCAUCCAGCAAGACUGUGAUUAUCCCGAAAAUCCAACCGAGACCGAAGAAGUCGCAGCACCGGUGAAUGUGGCAGGGCUCCUUCAGACGCCGUUGAACGGAUUACCUCCUCCCGUUAUCAACAGCCCUGAGCAGAUGCCUACAAGCCCAGAGCACCAUCGUCGACGCUCCAAUGGCUCUAACGUACCGCCUGCUGGAGUCUCCAAAUUUAAUAUGAGCGAUAACAUGUACAGCAUGUCGGGUGCUAUAUCGCCGCCAAUUUCUCGAAAUAUCUCUUCUGCUUCCCUGCUCCCACGGCAGGAAAAGGAGCAAAAGCCUGUUCCGAUACGAAGCGUCUCGACUCCAUUCCUUACCAUCACAACUCCCAACCAAGAGGAAGAGACAUCCGAUUCUCCAAAAUGGAGUGGCCCUCCCCCUCUUCUUGCUGUUCGUGAAGACAUGGUGCGAAAUCGAAUGUCUUCUACCUCCCUUCGCUACGAUCCCUACGCAUCACGCAGUCAGUCCCGCCUGUCCCUGGCUGACCCAACCAUAAUUGCCUCACCGCCUCUGGUAAUCCCAGAGGAAAGAGACGAGUAUGUUGGGACAGAUACUGCCGAAGAUGCAGACGACAUACCACUGUCCAAGCGCCGUGCCAUGUUACAGCGCCAAACUAUUCAGUCUCCUUCUGUAUCAAGUCUCCAGAGCAUCGAGUCGCCUCGAUCACCACCACAAAGCCCGCCUAACUCUGGCCGAUCCGCAGCUGUCAUGGCUGCCUGGCGUCAAUCCGUUCGAGAAGAUAUUACUCAACGACGUGACCCACUAUCCCACCCUCCUUCUCCCGGGACACCUGCAAACUCCGAAAGACCACGGGCUUCCUGGGGAUCCGUACAGAAAUUGCGCGAAUCCUCGGCAGCCAAGGUUGAGAAUACCAUUGCCGAUAGGAUGCAACGCGGAGGAAGUAUGACAGACCUGCAUCGCCAAGCAAUGCGCCGAAUGCAGGCUUCCGCCAACCGCAAGUUAUAG